UUGAUGCUCUAUAAAGCCCUUCAACCCCUUCAUGCAUUGAAAUCAUUCAAAGCUCUCUCAAGAAAAACAAAACGCCCCUUAUUCAAAUAUUCAUUCACUUCAUCAUCAUGUCUUCAACAAAGCUCUUAACCCUAGAAACUAGCGAUGGUGAGGAAUUCAAACUGGACGAGGCCAUAGCCGUGAAGUCACAAGCCAUCAAGAACAUGGUUGAAGACGACUGCGUUUCAAACGCCAUUCCUCUGCCUAAUGUCGAUAGCAAAAAAAUGACCAAAGUGAUCGAAUAUUGGAAGAAACACUCGGAGGAAGGCGUCUCGAAAGACCAGUUGAAUGAUUUCGACAAGGGUUUCUUGGAGGUGCACCACUCGGUGCCGUACGAUCUUCUUUUAGCCGCUAAUUAUCUUAAUGAUAAGGAGCUGAUGGAUGUAAUAUGUCAAGAAGUUGCUGAUAGGAUUAAAGGGAAAACGCCAGAGGAAAUACGUAAAGAAUUUGACAUCAAGAAUGAUUUUACUCCAGAGGAAGAGGAGAAAAUUCGACAAGAGAAUGCUUGGGCUUUUGAUUGAUUUUACAACGCUGUUUUCCUUCUUUUUCUUUUUCUUAAGA